CUUGAGGAGCCCCCAACAUAUCGCCCCCUCCAUAAACGCCAGCCUCGUUCUCGACCUUCAUUUGAGAGGUCUGGGUGUUCUUCUUAUUCUAGACACCCUGGCUGUAUAAAACUCGCUGUUUCCUCCCUUUGACCAUCGCACCGGUUGCAUUGGUUUGCUAUCACUGCUCUCGCACACUCGCUUGAAUACACCGUCGUUUUUUCGCUCUCUCAUCCAAACCCCGGUUAGAGUCACCGACAAGCAGCCUCACAACACCCUCGCUACCAACCGACCGCUCUACAAUUUACCAUGCCUCGUCGUGCUCCCCCUUCUGCCCUCCGCCUCGUUCAAGGUCCCAUCCCGCCACGGUCGCAGCCCAAGCAUGUCAUGCCUUGCCUGCCACCGCCAGCAUUCUGCCCAGAAGAAGCAAUGCCACGCGGGCCGUCGCCUCCGCCGCGCUCGCGUCGGUUUGGUCAGGUUGUGCUGAGAAGCAUGGAGCUUACCCCGCUGGACAUGCCAUUCGACUUUGAAGCAAACAGUUCGCGGACAUCGCUGGCGCUGUCGACGCCAACGUCGUCACCCUCGUCGUCGCCGGUUGGGAUGCGGAUCCGAGGUCCGUGGGAACAUUCGUCGAGUAUAUCGGAGCAGCUGCAGGUGGACAUUGACAGUCUGCUUGCGAUGCCCAAGCCAGCAGCGUAUAUUCCGUGAGGAAUUGUUUAGUAGGAUAGACAUCUGGAAUGUUGUACAGUACGGCCUGGUGCUCAAGAAUGUACAUAUUUGUUGCAAUAUUUAGUAGAAGUGGCG